AUGGAGAUUAUCUAUGUCUUCUGCAUGUUUUCUCUCCUUGUCUCCUUCUCUUAUGCUGCUGUGCAAGACUUUUGUGUUGCUGACUACACAGCUCCUUCUGGACCUGCAGGCUACUCUUGCAAAAAGGAUGAAAUGGUUACAGCGGAUGAUUUCGUAUACUCCGGCCUAAAUACUACCGGUAACACCGUAAACAUAUUCAAAGCUGCAAACACCCCUGCGUCCGCUGACCAGUUUCCUGGUGUGAAUGGCCUUGGCAUUUCAAUGGCUCGUGUCGACGUGGCUGCCGGUGGGGUUAUCCCUUUGCAUAUACACCCCGGAGCGAAUGAAGUCCUAUUUGUUGCGGAAGGAACAUUAGAUGCCGGGUUCAUAUCCUCAGAUCGGAACACGGUAUAUGUCAAAACUAUUAAGAAAGGUGAUAUUAUAGUUUUCCCUCGAGGGUUAUUGCACUUCCAAGUGAAUGUUGGAAAUGGUACCCCAGUUGUUGCAUUUGCUAGCUACAGCAGUGCAAGGCCAGGUCUACAGAUUGUGGACUUUGCACUAUUUAAAAGCAACCUUUCUACUGAAUUGAUAAAGCGCUCUACUUUUCUUGACUUUUUGCAGAUAAAGAAACUGAAGAUUGUCUUUGGUGGUACUAAUUAA